AUGUCUGGUAGUAUCAAGCGGGCCCUGUCGAAGGCCCUUCGCGGCACUCCAAUUGCCAAAGAUGAUGAUGACUCGUCCAGCUCUGGCAUUCGUGCCAGCUUUUCAUCCAGCAAGCCUCGCACUUCCCUCUCUCACUCCGUGUCUUCCUCGGACGAUUUCUCGGACGAUUCCUCCUCAGGUGGUCUGAGCAAGAACCAACAGAAGCGACUGGUUCGCCAACAACGCCGUUCCGAACGCAGCCGCCUCAGCGAAGAGGCCUUCUCCGAGUCGGAUCACAAACGCAAGGAAGAAGAGCUGGCGAAAGCUGCUGCCGAAGAGACAGCUGAUAUGAAGGCUAGAUAUGGAGAGCUUCCUUUGAUGCAGUCGCAGGAUCGACCCCGCGAAGAACGCACCCAGCUCAAAGAUAUUACUGCCGACAUGGUUGGUAAAGAAAUAUACUUCACGGCUCGACUCCACGUUGUCCGUCGUAUGAGUGCCAAGCUCGUCUUCCUGGUGUUCCGUCAACAGCUUGAUACGUUCCAGGGUGUCUUACAUGAGCGCCCCGGAAUCUCAUCCGUGGUCAUGAUCCAAUGGGCUGAGCACCUCCGGGUUGGCUCGUUUGUGCGCGUGCGAGGCACCAUCCGAAAGCCUGACGUACCCGUCUUGGGUUGCAGCAUUCACGAUGUCGAGCUGGCUAUCGACUCGGUGCAUCUCCUGGUCCGCCGAGAGGAGCCAGUGCCCUUCAGUGUGUACGAGGCGGAAAUCCGUACCAACGAGGAGGAUAGAGCAGAGGGUCGCCACAGUCAUAUCCCAGAUCGUACCCGUCUGAUCAACCGUCUGCUUGAUUUGCGAACCGCCACUUCUCAGAGCAUUUUCCGCAUUCAAUCAGCAACUGGCAACCUCUUCCGCAGCGCUCUGGAUGAGCUAUCCUUCAUCGAGAUUCAUACCCCUAAAUUACAGGGUGCCGCGACGGAGUCGGGUGCCAGCGUCUUCCAGGUCAACUACUUUGGCCGUCCUGCUUUCUUGGCCCAGUCCCCCCAACUUGCAAAGCAGAUGGCUAUUGCCGCUGAUUUUGGCCGUGUCUACGAGAUUGGUGCCGUCUUCCGUGCUGAAAACUCAAACACCCAUCGCCAUUUAACCGAAUACACGGGUCUCGAUCUUGAGAUGGCCAUCGAGGAACACUACCACGAAAUGCUGGAGACACUCGAUGCCACCAUCAAGAAAAUCCUUAGUGGUAUCUACACCAAAUACCGUCGUGAGAUUGAAAUCAUCAAGGAGCAAUUCCCCUCGGAAGACGUAAAGUGGCUGGAGAAGACGCCCAUCAUCCGUUUCGUGGAUGGUAUCAAGAUGCUGAAUGAGUCUGGCUGGCGCGAUGAGGAGGGCAAGGAACUGCCAUAUGACGAGGAUCUCUCGACUCGCGAUGAGAUUCGCCUGGGUCAAUUGGUGAAGGAGAAGUAUGACACAGACUACUACGUCCUCGACAAAUUCCCUCGGGGGGCCCGUCCCUUCUAUACCAUGCCAGAUCCAGAAGACGACAAAUACACCAACUCUUUCGAUAUGUUUAUUCGAGGCCAGGAGAUUGUCUCGGGUGGCCAACGUAUCCACGAUGCACAGAUGCUUGAAGAAAACAUGCGCAGCGUGGGCAUUAACCCAGAUGAUAUGGAAGAAUAUCUGGAAGGCUUCCGGUGGGUCGGCAACAUUCGGCUUACUUCUAUGUUCCACCGGGACCCCAAGAGCUUGCCUGCCAAGCCCGAGGUGGUCAAGUUGAGACAUCCCGAGGCAUCUACCCUGGAGCCGGUUUGGUUCAAGGAACACCACCGUCGGGUGGCUAACGAUGCCAGCGAGCUGCCUCCUCUGGAGCAGAUCAUUGCUAACUAUGGUGAUGCGACAUCUACUUCUUGGUUCGAUGAGCGAUACAAGAUCUGGCGUGAUAUGUCCACUGGUGCUGCGGUUGCCUACGUGCCCAGCUCCAGCAACUUCGUCAUCAUCCCAGGUAACCCCGCUUGUGACCCUAGCCAGUACACUCGCACUAUCACACAGUUCCUUCAGUGGCUCCGUCGUGAAACCAAGUUCAAGCCUAUUUGGAUCCUUUGCUCUCCUGAGAUCGAGACCAUUCUUGGCGAACGUCUCGGAUGGCGCAGUUUGUCCUGUAUCGCAGAAGAGCGCGUGGAUCCAUCCCGCAACAAGGCCGCGUCCGACGGUGACGUUGGGCGUAAGCUCCGUCGUGCCGAGACCGAGGGCAUCAAGGUCACCGCGUUGCCCCAAGGUCAGCUACCCGAUGAAGAGACUCGCAACAAGAUCGACGGUCGCAUCCGUGAAUGGCUUGCAAACCGCAAGGGCACCCAAGUUCACCUGUCUGAGAUCCGGCCUUGGGUCGACUACGAGCACCGUUGGUACUUUUACGCCACCGACAGGGCUGGCAACAUUUGCGCCUUCGUCGGCCUCGCCAUGCUGGCUCCCAGCCACGGCAUGCAAGUGAAGUACAGCUUGGACUUCCCAGGCUCUCCCAACGGUGUUAUUGAAUACAUCGUCACCGAGGCUAUCCAGACUGCCGCAAAGGCCGGUGUUCAGGGUCUUACCUUCGGCGCUGGCGCUACCACCCAGCUCAUUCCAGGUCACAACCUGCACGGUACAAAGAUCAAGAUGCUAGAGCACACCUACGAAGCUUUGGCUAAGCAGUUCCACCUUGUGCGAAAGAGCGAAUUCCGUGCGAAGCUUGGAGCAACCGAAGAUCCUCUCUACAUCUCAUAUCCUGCCCACGGACUCGGAUCCAAGGGUAUCCGGGCUAUCUUGAAUUUCUUCGAAGACUAA